AUUUCUGAAGACCACCUCAACUGCAAGCAAGACUGUUUACUGAAUCGCUAAAGCCAGGAAUAAAGUCGCGCUUCAACCUUCUUUAGUCUCCUUCAACUGCAAGCCAGAAUGGGGCGCUUUGACACUCUCAACGAUGACACCAAGGACUUGGUCAAUUGCCUUCUCCCAGCUUUAGCUGCAUCCUUCAAGCUCUCCAACGCCGUGGAUAUCAUCCCGGAGGAUAUUCGCAUGCGCGCUUGGGAUUGUGAGAAGAGGGAUCACAUCAAGGACCAGACCGAGAAUGACCCGCGCAACUGGGGCGUCCAGUUCCUCAAGGACCUCAUGGCCAUCUCACGCCUCAAGGGUGGAAACCUCACCGUGUUUCACACUGACCUACGCGAAAAAGUCGCAAAGCAUGAGCCAAAGCAUCCAUGGUGUCGGCUAGCCGAUAUCAAGGAGAUCAAGGACGACUAUGAGAACCCCGGUCGCAAGAACGAGAUCAAACCCACCACUCAGUACUCCUCCUCUGGCUCCUCCACCGACUCGUACUUUGAGGAACUGGUUGAGCCCGAGGACCCCAAAGGCCGGAAGCGUGGCCGUAAGCAGCACAACCACGAGGUCUACGAGGCUCGCGUCCAGGAAACCCGCAAGCGCCGCAAGUAUGGAUCGCAUGGGCGUCUCCGCCGUGCUGAAGACGGCGGUUUCCACCGCAAAGACAAGCACGAUCGUCGCCGCAAACACUCCUACUCCGUAGAGCGCGCCACUCCCAACACUGACCGCCGCCCUGUCCACCGCCGUCUCAUUCCCUCCGAUGACGACGACAAUACCAACGACACGUCUCUAUAUCCUCGUCACACCCCGAUCCUCUCGAUCUCUCCUGCCCCCCGUCGUGCUCACCCAUACGCGGUAGAGGACUUCGACAUCACUAACGAGCCCCUCGCCGUUCAGAAGCUUCAGGCUGAGUUGGAAGUCGCCGAGGCGGAACUAAAGGCUGCUCGGCUGAAGUACGCGUACAUCCAGGCGAAGGAAGCGGCGGAGAGCCAGAGCCCGUUCAGCGGCAAUGGCAUGGAGAACGAGGCUUACUCGGGUAACUAGAAGUUUCUCGAUCUUGUUCUUGGAUGGCGUUUGGGCUACGCAGGU